AUGAAUCCCCCAGCUGAUGACACUGAAUUGACACCCGAGAAGCUCGAGGAAGAAAAGGAGGGAGGGGCUUCGUUCCACUGUGACCUUUACGAUGCGGACAUUGUACACAAAAUAGCCGAGGAGUUCCUCCCUGGAUUGGCCUCUGCAUGUGUCGACAACACGACCGGAGGCCUUUUCCGGAGCCCGGCUUCCGUGGCAGUAGACAUACGAAGGGAGAUGGUCGACUAUCUUACCCAAAGGAGUGAAAAUUUUGUGGCUGAGUCCGUGGUGUUAGAAGGUGGCCCGAACAUUGAGCUUCCCGAGGACCCUUAUGAUAUAAUCUCCGACUUUAUAGACGAUUUUGCGAGUUCGAAGAGGAAUUUUUUCAGCCGGGUUUCGGGAUGGUUGCUGAGUGAAAGAAGGGAAGACAGAAUAGAUGAUUUUUCACAGGAAAUGGAGAUUGGUGGUUUUUGGUUACUUAACCGGAGGGAAUCUGUAGCUCAGACUAUUCUGAAAAAUGCAGAUUUCAAGAACAUGUAUCACUGUAGCUUGAGCUUUAAAUCUGAAGAAGAAUUGGAGGCACACAAGUUAACUUGUAAUUUCAGGACCAUAAACUGCCUGAACGAGGGGUGUAAUUUUAGGUUUAGUGCUGCUCAGAUGGAGCAACACGACCAGACGUGUCCCUUCAAGAUAAUUCAAUGUGAGCAGAACUGCUCGGAGAGUAUAAUGAGGCGCGACAUGGAUAGGCACUGUAUAACUGUGUGCCCUAUGAAGCUGGUAAAAUGCCCCUUUUAUUCAGUUGGUUGUCACUCCUCCGUUCCUCAGUGUACAAUCGAGCAGCAUCGGUCGGAGAGUCUCGAAGUUCACUUGAUAUGCAUUCUGCAGCUUUUUUACAAGGAAGCAAAAACAGAAGAUCUCAAGGAAAGAGUUGAAGAACUUACCAAGUUAGCUUCUCCUGAAAAGCUAGCAGCAGCUCGUGAUGCACGAUCCCUAACCUUUGCAGUUAAGGAUCUCGAUGCGAAGCUUGGCCCAUUAAAACUCAAGACUGCUGCAAAGAGCGACGAUGAUGAGGUCAAUGAUUUGACUGAUGAGAAGGCCGCCUCACCAAACAAAAAACUCAGUGUGGAAUAA